AAUCAGCUGAAACUGCUUUCGAUCCUGACCACUCUGCACGGUUAAGCCCUAAGUAGCCAAAGGGCAGCCAGGAGCAGCCGGGUAGGAGGAACCCAGCAGCCGCCACGCCGUCCCACAAUGCCCCGCUCGCACCACCCUGAGGGCGGAGAGAAAGGAGCGCUGCCGGGGAUGGGGCUUGGCGGCGAGCGCUGAGAAUUGCGCAGGCGCACUGACCCCGCGGGCCCUAGCAACCAGAGCAGUGACAGUAGCAACCGCCGUUAUGGCAAAAGCAACAACAAUCAAAGAAGCCUUAGCGAGAUGGGAAGAGAAAACUGGCCAGAGGCCAUCUGAAGCCAAAGAGAUAAAACUUUAUGCCCAGAUUCCCCCCAUAGAGAAGAUGGAUGCCUCCUUGUCCACGCUUGCUAAUUGCGAGAAGCUUUCACUGUCUACAAACUGCAUUGAAAAAAUUGCCAACCUGAAUGGCUUAAAAAACUUGAGGAUAUUAUCAUUAGGAAGAAACAACAUAAAGAACUUAAAUGGACUGGAGGCAGUAGGGGACACAUUAGAAGAACUGUGGAUCUCCUACAAUUUUAUUGAGAAGUUGAAAGGGAUCCAUGUAAUGAAGAAAUUGAAGAUUCUCUACAUGUCCAAUAACCUGGUAAAAGACUGGGCUGAGUUUGUGAAGCUGGCAGAACUGCCAUGCCUGGAAGACCUGGUGUUUGUAGGCAAUCCCUUGGAAGAGAAACAUUCUGCUGAGAACAACUGGAUUGAAGAAGCAACCAAGAGAGUACCCAAACUGAAAAAGCUGGAUGGUACUCCAGUAAUUAAGGAGGAUGAAGAAGAAGAUAACUAAUGCCACCUUUUCCACUUUGUGUUAACUUAUUUAAAUGUCAUAAGAACAAUAGAUACAUUUUAUAUAAUUGUCUAUUUUAAAGAUUCUGUAUGGGACAAAAGUUUCUUAAGAUAAAACAGAUCACUCAUUCUCAUCUUUUUCCCCCUUAACUUACUCAGUGUUUCUUCCCAAAACUGGUAAUGCCAACCUAAUAUAUCCUGAUCCUCUUUUCAGAAACCACAAAUUUUCAUUUUUUGUCUUCAGUCUCAGUUAUAUACUGUAGAGCCCCAUCUACUAAAACCUUUGUAGACCAGUCAUUUUUUUGUCUUUCUUUAUCUUUUUUUCCUGUAGACCAGUCAUUUUUAAUACCAAAUGAACAAAUGUUCUUUUUUCAGUUUGUUCAUUUUUUUAAGUUAGACAUUUUAAAAGAUAAGCAUUUGAAAAUUUAGAACAUCUUUCCUGAAGGUCUGUCUCCUUACAGUUCAGAAGCACAAAUAUAUCAUGACUUUAGCUCUGAAGGCAGUAUGGUGAUGGAAGAGUUCCUCUUAGAAAUAAAUAAAUACCAAAAAAAAAAAAAAAAGAAAGGAAAAGAAAUAUAGCAGCCAUAGAGCCAAGGCUCCAAAGUUCAAUCAGAAAAGAUAUGGUGAAAAAAGGAAAAAAUUAAUAUCUUACAGACCUUCUAGUCUAUAUUAUACUUGUUUUUCCAAAAAUGUGCAGAUUGUCAACUGGAAUUUAAGUUGUUUUUAUAUGCAUGGCCACCUGAGUCACUGUGUGCAGUCAGUCAUUUUGUGAUCUAAGUCAGUGGUUCAAAUGACUGUCAUGAUCAUUUCUUUGACCAGUAAUAUGGCCAUGUUACUCGUGGGGCUGGCCUUAAUCACACAUUUUGGUUUUGUAAUUCCUUAUAUGUUUAAAUCAUUAGUUAUAUUUGAAUUCCUAGGCUAAAUGCUACCCUAGUGAUUUGGUCUGGUGACCCUCAUUAUUGGGAGAAGUGAUUGUCAUGGUUAUAAGUAAGGGUAUGAUGAAACUUAGUAUUUCAAAAUAUAUUUUUUGAUACGUUCUAAGUUAAACAGCUCCUAAAAUGUAUUAUAUACAUGGUCGUGGAGGGAAGAGAGAUGUUUCAUUACGAGAUCCUAGGCAAAUGGCAAUAGGUUUGAGGAUUGUCUCCUACAUAAAGCAAUGUAGGUGGUUUAACCUCAAAAUUGCAAAGCAAUAGUUAGAUGGAGAGAUUAGAAUUUAUCAUGUAAAAAAUUUUUUUAGGAAAAUGUAAGACAUUGUAGUCAGUGAGCAGAUGAAGUCCAUAGGAGGCCAUGGCUGAAUCACUAAUAGAUUGCAGAAAAGAAGUCAGGACCCUCUGCCAAAUUGUGCCUAAAGUCCCUCAGAGAUGGUUGAUUCUUGUUCCGCAUCUACUUGUGUGAUUUUACUUGCAUAAAAUCACAGUGAAAAAGGGGAGAAUCGUUUUUAAAAGUGAUUGCAUAAGUAGUCCUGGGUUUCAGAAGAUUUCAACUACCAUUUAUGUAGGAAUUACUUGAUUUUUCUAAGUCACUCUGAUCAAAAGGGACCACUGCUUUGACAAUCAACUCUAAAUACAAACAAGGGGAAAACUUGGUCUAACACCCUUUCAGCUUUCUUUUUUCUCUUCUUUACAAUCUGUUAGAAAGAAACCUUACCCUACUCUAGCUGGUUUAUGCACUCAAAGCCUUUGGACAUUUCUUUUAUGAAUGAAGGCAAUGAGCCUUCAUUCUCCUUGGUGAUGUCAAAGGUCCAUAAACUGAGAGGGAAGAUGAUCUUUUUAAAGUUUGCACUUCAUCCAGUAGGCAAGCUUGAAGGCAUGUUGUUAUGAGUAUGUUUUCUAAAAGUAACCCUGGAAGUGAAUAUAAUAGGAAGUAAAUGAUUUCAUAUUGAAUUUAUUUGUAAAAUGGCUUAGAGCUUUGGUGCUUUUUUUCUGAAUUCUGUAAUAUAGAAACUGAUUCUCUUUCUCCUUGUUUCUGUUUUUAAUUACAAGUAGUUCUCAGAAAUGUAAGAUUCUUUUCUCUGUCCAUUUCAUGUAAAUUCAUAUUCCCUGUAUCAUUCGACAAAUAUUUGAAUGACUUCUAUGCAUCCCUGUUCAUGGAACCCACACCAUUAAAAAAUGGAAAUUGGGUUGUAUGAAGAAAUGUAGGAUAUUCUCUCAAAUCAUUCCCUAAAUUAUCCUUUACUGGUGCAAAUUUAGCUGAUAUAAAUGCCUUUGGUUUAUGCCUCUUG